GUGCGGUGUGCGCGCGUGUGGGCAACGCUGCGUGGUGGCGAGCCAUUCGGCUAGCGAAGGUUUUUUUUUUUAAAAACGAGAAGGGAACGGACGAAGCAGCGGAUGGGUGACGACGCAGAGUGUAGCUAGAGACGUCCACCGAAGGAGUUGAAGAGGGAUUUGGCUUCCAAAGGACGAACUUCUGUGGGUCACCGCCGCAUGACAAAGUUCGAGUGGUGGUUGGUGCGCAUGUGGGUUUGUUGUUUUUUUAAACUUUUGCAGGAGUGACUUUCUCUCAAUGUGCUGCAAGAUCUUGGAGGGGCUGUCCGUGGCGGCAGCGGCGGCGGUGGUGGCCGGAUAACCGGGAGACGCGGAUUUAAAAAGCACCCCCUCUCUCCUCCUCCUCCCACGCCCCUUCUUGCGUGCGAAGAUCGACCGCUGCAAUAGUCGCCACUCCACCACAUUUGCGUGCCGAUCGCAGACAGACGCAGGAGGGCAGGGGGAGAGAGGGCCGGGGAAACGGAGAGCCUCCGACGAGCUCGGGAGGAGGAGGCAGCGGCGGCGAUAAGAGCGCAUUCAUCACCGCUCGUGGUUCAAGAUACGCCGGGGGGACAUAACGCGGAGUUUGGAAGGGGAUUAUCCAUCUCUGUGAUGGGGCGAUUGCUCCGUCAUUCCAUCGCCUCCCUUCUUCUGCUGGGGUUGCUGAUCAGCGUCACACGCACGGACCACGUGUGGCCACUCCUGCGAGAGUUCGCGGUGUCUGCGUGUGGCGGGGAGACGGUGUCGCUGAGCUGCCCACGCCACACAGCGCUGCGAGUGCAGGGCGCCACGCGCGCCGCGAGGGCACACGCCCCCUGCCCUUCUCCGCCGUCCGCUGCCCACGCCGCUGCCCACGGCGACGCCGGCCGUGCCCACAACUGCACGGACUCUGCCCUGCUUCAGCGCGCUCUGCAGCAGUGCCAGGACAAGCGGCGCUGUGAACUUCACCUCCCUGGCCGCCCCCUCGGCCCCCACGGCCGCCCCUCUGGGCCCCAUGGCUGCCCGUCGUCGGUGGCGCGGCACUCCGUGUCCUACCGCUGCCGGCCGAACGAGUACCAGCGCAAGGUCGCCUGCGAGGAGGACUGGCUGCAGCUGCGCUGCAAGAAUUCGCGGGUGGUGGCGGUGCAAGCCGCCACGUUCGGGCGAUCCAAGGACGGCGGCCUCGAGUGUCCGUCGCCGCAGGCGCGCGCCUCCGACAGCCAGUGCCAGUCUCCGGAGGCGCUGGCUGUGUUGGUGCGGAGGUGCCAGGGUCUGACGAGCUGCAGCGUGGAGACGCGAUCGGGGGCCCUGGGCAACCCCUGUCCACCCGGCGUGCGCAAAUACCUGGCUGUGCUCUACACCUGCGUCCCGCGCAGGGUGUUGGACGACCGCAUGCCCCGCGGAGUGCGCCUCUCCAGCCACUCGCGCUCACUGCCCGAGCCCCGAGCCGCCCCCUCCCUGAGCCGGGAGGCACAGGCAGCACCGCCGGGGCACGCCGGCCGCGGGCAUCCGCACGGAUACGCAGUGCGCGACGCGGCGACGCACUACUCGCCUCCCGCUGGCCUCAUGGAGCUGCAGAAGGAGCCUGCAGACGGACCGAAGUACUCGGAGGGCGACGAUGCGGAUGUGCCCACCCGUCUCAACGCCACCGACAUCUCCCCGGGCGCGGCCAUCAUCCUCAACACGCUUGCGACGUACAGCUACCUGUCCAAGCACGUGGAGCGAGCGGCGCUGGUGUUCGUCUCCUGCCUGUGCCUGGGGCUUGUGCUCACGCUGGCGGCACUGGUGGUGCGCGUGCACUGCCGCCACGACGUGCGCUCUCUUAAGGGCGGCGCGCGCGCCCGCGCCUCCCGCUCGGAUGGGGCCUCCGACGACAGCGACACGGACUCGGACUCGGAGUCCGACUCGGAUUCGGACGGCGGCGGCGGCGGGAUCGGCGGCUCGACGUCGGGGUCGAACCGCUUUGCGCGGCGCUUCGACGUCACGCACAACGUGUUCACGUCGGCCGAGGAGAUCGAGAUGGCGCACCGCAUCGAGGAGCGCGAGCGCAUCCUUAACGAGAUCUGGCGCAACGGGAGGACCAAUCCCAUCGCCACCACCAGCCUCAACCGCUACUAUUGACCGACCCCUUGACCUUUUCUUCGCCGGGCGAAGGCAAACAGCGGUGAAGCGUAGCUUUGCAAACACAACGGCGCCGGCGGCGGAAGGCCGGUGUUCCGAGUGUGCCGAGCGAUGGGCCGUGUCCCGCGAUUUUUGCGUCUUCGGAGAGUCCGGGAUGGCCAUUGCGUGACUGCCCUUGCGGUUGGCUGUAUGGACGCACAGCACCGUGAUGCAUCUGCAGCUGUGUGUCUUGCAGAGCAGCGAGUGAAGCGAUGAAGACGACCUUGAAUUCGCAUUGUCUUUGAGAUUCCCGACUCAUACAUUGUCAUGGAUCGUAAGAUUCCCGACUUAUAAAAUCAUCGUGGAAAACAAGAAGUUUUAUUUUUAUAUUUUGUAUUGUACACGUUUUACUUUUGUCGCGAACGCUGUGUGACCUGGUGCUGUAAAUGAAACGUUAUUUGCACACUUAGUGGUUUUGUAAAAAAAAAAACUAAAAGAGUUUAUAUUUCUGUUUUAUUAUUAAUGUUAUCAGCCAAAGUGCUGGGUUUCGAAUGCUGUUCUAUGUUAAUCGUGUGCGCCUGACUUUAAAUGCAGAAAUUCAUCUUGAACGACGAAUUAAGCAAAAUAAACACUUGCAACCAAGGCACGUGGUUCUGGGCAUCUCACCCUGCCUGCCGUCGCAGGAUCAGAGCAGCGCUCGACACAGAAAGACCAUCCUCGUCCUAGCGUACUUCUCUUACAAUCCACUGCUGCAUGCCCCAGGGACUUGCCAGACAUUUGACCUCGUUGCUCACUCACGACCGUUGUUUGUUCAUUCUUGACGGUUUUUGCUUCAACUCUAAUUACCCUAUAUUUUUACUACUGAUGGGAAGAAAGGGGGGCAAAGAAAACAAAAGUGACCCCGGAAAGGAAAUAAAUAAUAAACAAUCACCCAGGGCAAACCGCAGCUGUGGAAACGCGGCUUAGCACUCCGGCUAGGCCUGACCUCGGGUUAGAGGGGCCAAAGGGCAACUGCGCGAUUCGAGCGCGCCGUUGCUUGAUUACGUGUAAUUGAGUUUUAUCGCUUGAGCCAAGUGGCUUUGCGCGGCUGUACAGCGGUUUGCCGGGAGAAACAAUUGCUGUGGGCCCCAUGUAUCAGAGGUCGCAAACGGGUUUUGAUUCCUUACCCGUACCCGGCCGCACCAGGGUCCUAAACGGGUACCCGUACCCGUACCCGGCCGUACCCGUACCCGAUUGCGACCUCUGGGAUGAAGCCAUGUUGCAGGCGCGGGUGGGUUGAUUCUAGGAACUUGAAUUGUGAGAAGAGACAAGACGUUGGGAAAUGAGUGACAAACAGUUACUCACAAGUGACUCACGGUCUACCCGUACCCGUACCCGGCCGCACCAGGGUCGCAAACGGGUACCCGUACGCAUACCCGGCCGGGUACGGGUAGCCGGGUAUCGGGUAGGGUACAGGUAUCAGGUACCCGGUUGCGACCUCUGCCAUGUGUGUCAAUUUGUUUUAUCAUUGUUGGUCCACUAGCACUGCACAAAGUGUCACAAACGCCGCACACCGGCACCGGCCCUGUUUUUGACCCUUGGUGGUCUAAUACACGGCUCCUGUGCAUUAUCAGCGAGGUAUGGCUAAGUCACGUGACGUGCAAGGCAUGAUGGGCGGAAUGAUGUCACAAUCGUGCAUCUUGCCUUCUAGGAAUUAUCUUUUUGCGUGCAUUAUUAUAACUCUUACUUGUUUCCUGCCUGCACAAAAUUUUCCUGUCUGAUGAGUUUAUCAUCAUUUACAGAAAGUGAUGGAAUUGGUGCGAUGUUGAUGCCAUCUGCAGAUUUAUUUUUAUAUUGGUGGCAAUGACGCAAUGUGGCGAUGUGAACGCAUGCCGCCCAUCAUCGUAAGUAAAACGGUUUCGUGCUUGGAUUCUCUUACUGAAUCCCGUUGGCAGUUCUUGAUUUACGACGCAAAUACCGGCCAGCAUUUCCCACGGCUAGGUGAGGUAGCCCGUGCCUCAGCGACGUGGGAAGAAUGACCUGAAAAUGUUCCUUAGAAAACAAUAAACACGAUUGUUGGUGUACGUACAGAAAUGUAGAACAUGCAUCACCAUUACAUGUGCGCACGGCCAUUUGGCAGCUAAUUUGGGCACCUUUAAAAAUACAAAAAAAGGAGGUGUUCUUGAAAAUGCCUUGGGACUUAGGGCACCUAAGAAUCCCCAUGACCUUUGCCCUGUGAGUCUUUUGGCAAGGGCUCACAACUGUUCCCCUAAAUCAUUUGAACAACUUGCCUAAUGGUUUUCACAUGCCGAUGAGAACUUACAACCGAAAUGUCUCGAUUCUUAUUUUUUUUGCCAAAAUCCAGUGUGAGGGAAAUAAUACAUUUAUAUAUAUAUAUUCAGGGACAAAAAGCAGCCCUCUUUGACGUUGAAAUGUUAUAUAUUUUGUUCCAUCGUGUAUAUAUAUUUAUUUUAUAGAGUACUCGCUUGACAAAAUUCUGCAGCAUUGUCCGCAAGUGCAUCGCAAAUCGAACUUCAUAUUGCUCUUAGAACGUGAUGCAAAAGGAAAAGGUCAUAGAUGUUUUAUAUCGUACAUUUUAUGCCUGGCUGCUCAGGGAGUGUUUCUGAAAAUUGAAUAGAAAAAAAAACCGCAGUGUAAUUACAUUUUCGUUUUUGCAGGUAUUCCUAAAGGCGGCUCAACAACUCAUGCAUUAAACUGCCCAUGUCGCGUCAAAAUAAUAUGCACUCGUGAUUAGUAGACAUGUUCUAGACUUGAAUUCUAGAUUUGAAGCUUUCGUGACUGCAAGGAUUCAUAUUCUUGGGUUUUUUCGGUAAAGUCACGUAGGUAAAAAAUUUAAAUUUAUAAAAGUUAAAUAAAAAUAAAAAUAAAAUAAAAAUCACGACGUUUCGGAGGCAACACAAGCUUCCGUCUUCAGGUGGAACCGUUACAGCACGCUUGCUGUAUCAAGUAAAUGAUAAAUUCCAAGAGAUUCGACCCCGUAUAUAUAAUGGUUGAGGGGGGAGGAGCCAGGACAGGCCCCCUUUAUAUUAUUAUGGCAAGGUUAGUGCGGCUGAAACUACGGCUAGUCUACAUAACAAAGGACUGAGCCUUUGUUAUGUAGACUGGCUGAGGGGGGGGGGGGGUGCCAGAGUUGUUAAAAAACCCAAGAAUAGUAGACAUGUGAUGAUGCAUCUAUUCAUCGCGUCACAUCGAUUCUUAUGCUCAGGAUAACAUCGAACUCUGUGUGGAAGAAUCGUUUAUUUUCGAUUCGUAAACGUUGUAUGUAAUUGGUUAAUGUAAUCAACUCUGUGGUCAUGAGAGGCUCUAAAUCCAUGACAAUUGUAAAAAAUCUAUAGAAUUUUAUCGAAUUGCGACCACCGAAUCGUGACAAAUCAUCAAAUCGCGAGGUGAUAGAGGGUACAAAUUGUUACACGACUUUGAUUACCAUACAUUCGUUCAAAAUUUCGCAGAGGCACAUGAAUGGUCAUUGGUACCAGAACAUGCUUGACCCUACAUGUGUCUCUGUCUGCCCUGUCCGAAGGAGUUCCCCAGCACUUGCCCCUAAAUCUGAUCCCCAGCUAGAUUAGGGUUUUGUAACCAGUUGCAUUAUAUUCCUUUAAGGAUAUUCCCCCUAGGUUCACACUGCUGUCACUUAAGAUAUUAACGUCACUUAAGAUAGUGUGUACAACGGACCCGCUGAACUCAACAUCUGCAUGAAACACCUCCACCUCAGUGCACCCGUCAUGUACGGCAUGGUGGUGCAAACGUUAAGAGUUCUCCAAUGUACAGACAUUACAUUUUUUGUUAAAAAAAUAACAGGCAGCAUGAAUGGCUUGGAACAUUGGCUGCAAGAAUAUCAUCGUGUAGUGACCUAGGCUUUAAUUUCUUGAGCUCAUGCAGUGAUGCCUGCAAUUCCACAAUGCGGUACUGGCAAUUACGUCUCAUCACUGCCAAGCAUUCCGUGCACAGAGAGGGCACUUAGUGCAUGCGAGCGAGCCCGCGGCAAACUCCAAUUUCUACUCGCCGCGUGGGCAGAUUGCCUGGGCCGACAAAGCUCACUAAAGUAUUUCCCCUCGCCGCAUCAAUGUCACAAAAUAAUUAUUGGAAAAUAUACACUGUAAUAUCACGACGCCCGUUCAGGUUGUUAAAUGAAAUGAUGAUCGUAAUAACCUCCGGCUAAUGAACCAUCGGCGGCACUUCAUCAGUCGGUAAAGAUUUCCUUGGCCCAAAGUGUGUUGGCUGAAUGUUGACCGGCCUUUCUCCCUGGGUUGCUGACUCACUGCCGUUGUUGUUGCAUUUAUGUUUCAUUUUACGGCAAGUGAUGACAAACGACAAAGUUAUAUUUUUAUCAAGAGGGGGACGCUAUUAUGUUGCUGUUGUCUUGCCCGGGUGUGAUUGUGCAUUGAAUCAACGCUUGAGAGUGCAUCAACAUUGUUUGGCAUGGUACACAUUAAUUUGAGUUUACCGUUUCCCCUACUUCUUUGUAAGCAUCGGUGCAUUGAAUUCCGGACAUGAUCAAAGUUUCGUUGCAUUUCCAUACCGUGCACUGGCAUCGCCUAGCCAUAAUCAGAGACUUAAUUGCGAACAGCCAAUUUGCCAAUUCCGCCUGAAAAUAGAUCUGUUACGGAAAGGGUACUUAGCAGCAGGAUAGCAUGGAGAGCUGAAAUUUGUGAAAGUAAAUUGGACUAGCUGUUAACUAAAUUGGAAUUCAUUAAAUCUUCACUUAAAGCUUUCUUGACUGCAUGAAUUCAUAUUCUUUGGGUCUUUCGGUAAAGUCACGUAGAUAGGUUCAAAGAAAAUAACAAA